AUGGCGAUGACCCCCCACCGCCACCGCAUAGCGACGCUCACUCACCGCUUAUGUUCCUCCUACUCCACCACAAAACCGCCCACACUCUACACCACCAACACCCCCGACUCAACCACAAUCCAACUCCUCUCCUGGGGCAAAGGCGCCUCCGGCCAACUCGGCGGCGGCGUUGAAGAAACCCGUCUGUACCCUUCUCCUGUCACCAAUCUUCUUCUCCCGAAAUCCUCUUUCACCCUUUUCAAAACCCCCGGGGUUCUGCCUGGGUCUGAGGGGAGCAGUAAGGUUGUGGAAAUGGGUAUCUCGUGUGGGCUUUUUCAUUCUUGUUUGGUUGUUGAUGGAGCCGUUUGGGUUUGGGGGAAAGGUGAUGGUGGAAGAUUAGGGUUGGGGCAUGAGAAUUCGUUGUUUGUUCCUACUUUGAAUCCUCACCUUGAUAAUGUGAGGUCUGUUGCUCUUGGUGGGUUGCAUUCCGUUGCGCUUACUUCUGCUGGUGAAGUUUUUACAUGGGGUUAUGGUGGUUUCGGUGCCCUUGGACACUCGGUAUAUCAUAGAGAGCUAUUCCCUAGGUUGGUAAAAGGCUCCUGGGAGGAAACUAUAAAACACAUUGCUACUAGUGGAGCGCAUACUGCGGCAGUAACAGAAUCAGGUGAGCUUUAUAUGUGGGGACGAGAAGAAGGAGAUGGUCGAUUGGGUCUUGGUCCUGGUCGGGGCCCAGAUCAUGCAGGUGGACUUAGUACCCCUUGCAAAGUAAAAGAGUUACCUUUCCCUGUUGCUGCUGUUUCUUGUGGGGGAUUUUUCACAAUGGCAUUGACAGAGGAAGGACAACUGUGGAACUGGGGAGCAAAUUCUAACUAUGAACUUGGGAGAGGGGAUAAAAUUGGUGGUUGGAAACCAAGACCAGUUCCUAGCCUUGAAAAGGUUCGAAUAAUUCAAAUUGCAAGCGGAGGAUAUCACUCCCUUGCGUUAACAGAUGAUGGCAAAGUACUUUCAUGGGGCCAUGGUGGACAAGGUCAGCUGGGUCACGGAUCUGUCGAGAGCCAGAAGAUACCAACAUUAGUCGAGGCUAUAGCUCAUGAGCAUAUUAUAUAUAUUUCUUGUGGGGGUUCGUUUUCAGCAGCUGUCACAGAUAAAGGAAAGUUAUACACGUGGGGAAAUGCCUCAGAUUCGCAAUUGGGUAUUCCUGGACUACCAGAAAUACAAUCAUGCCCUGUUGAAGUCAAUUUUUUAAUGGAAGAUGAUGGAUUGGGACCACACAAGGUUUUAUCAAUUGCAAAUGGCGCAUCACAUGCAAUGUGUUUAGCUUUGCGGGAAAGUUGUUGA